CCCGCACUUGGUGUUCUCACAUCCUCCAUCAAUACUUGUAUCAAGUACAACAAUAAUAGUCUCUGCUCAUUGAGCACGACGCUCUGCUCAACAUGAGUGCACCAGGUCCAACGAUGAAGACCUUUCAAAAGCGUUUUUAUACUGUCAUUCCCCGCUCCAUAUCUGCAUCUUCACCUUCCACAUCCCCAAUUUCCCGUCGACGAUCUGGCUCAACGCCUUCUGCUCGUUCUCUUUACAAUGCGCCCAUCAAUUCCUCCAGUCCACUUGCUUUUUUUGACUCACCGCCUCCACCUCAGCCACAGCCUAGCAAACCCCACGUUCUCUCAACAUCCCGCCUUCCUGUCAAGGCAGAGGGCGAGGGUUCUGCCCAUCAAUCACAUGGACAGCCCCCAUUUUCCUUGGCUCUAACAUCACCUCAGGCAAACUCAAAUUCCCCUCCCCACACUCCCCCUUCACACCAGUCUUCCUCUUUCUUUCCUUACUCACCGUUCGCGCCGAUACCCUUUUACAAUAUCGCCGUCGCAGACUCCGUCACCGACUCUCAUCCACGAGAAAGGAAACAAAAGGUUCGCUACCAUCUGGAUGUUGGCGCUUAUGGCAUACCGAAGAAGACCAAAGCCCAAGUCUCAGGGAGAGGUAUAGUCAUAGGCGGCGGCAAUGGCAAUAGCAAUAAUUGGCGAAAGAUUGACCCCCACCCUCAGAAAGAGGAUCUCAGUUUCGCCGUCCAAGUUGGCGAGGAUGCCUAUUUUAUACAGGAGAAUGCUAUGGGCGUUGCAGACGGUGUUGGCGGUUGGUCAAGAGCCAAGACACCUGACGUUGGUUCAUCAAAGCAUAUCUCCACAGAUCCAUCACCUAGUGCAUUAUUUGCCCGCCGACUAAUGCACCACUGUUCGGCAGAGGCCCUCCAAGCCGAGACCUUAUCAUUCCGUCGCCGAGAUGCAUCCCCUCCUCGGUCCAAAUCACCCCACCGGCAUCCGGCAUCCACGGCCCACAAUGCUGCAUGGCCCUGGAAGGCCAAAAUAGACGAACUUCAUGAAGAGCUCGAAGACUCUUUAGAGGAUCUUGAAGACGGACUGGAUGUCCUAAUGAUCCUCGAACGUGCAUAUGAGACCACUCUCAAGGCUCAUGUUAUUCCAGAGCCUCCCUGUCCGCUUACGAAGGCAGCCUUAUCUCCAGGACUCGCAUCCAUACCUGAGGAAGCACCUCUCACCAACUGUGCAGAUUCCCCACAGUCCACCCCACACGCACCAGAACUUUCCCUUCCAAAGAUGAUCCCCCUCAUGACAGGCUCUUCAACAGCGCUCGUCGCAGUCCUCCAACACUCUUCCAGCACGCCUCCCCCAGCUACCUCCCCACCCCGCCCAUUCAUCUUCCAGAAUCCUCCAGAUACAGCAUCUCGCAAAGAAACUCAUGACGCAGUACUCAAGAUCGCCCAUCUCGGAGACUGCAUGGGUAUGCUGGUGCGCGACGAGAACAUCGCUUGGCGCAGCAAAGAGAUGUGGACAGCCUUUAACACACCUGUGCAGCUCGGUCCCGCAUCCUCUGCACGCCCUCUAGACGCCCAGAUCCUCAGCCUCCCAGUCCAAUCAGACGAUAUCCUCAUUCUCGCUUCCGACGGGCUCUCUGAUAACUUAUGGGAUUAUGAGGUACUGGACGAAGUAGUACGGUUCAAGCGGUCUUUCCUAAAGAGUAACGGGGAAGGUGGUGAGGGUCUUUUGGGCCGUCGAACGCUAGCAGGCAUGCUGAGCGAGGCGCUCUGUUCCCGUGCGCGUCGCGUGAGCGAGAGAAGAGGGCGAGGAAUCGAGGACGGCGUGUUUGAUAUGGAGGAUGAGGUGCCGUUUGCAUGUCGUGCAAGAGAAUCAGGGAAACCAUUCAGAGGCGGCAAGAUAGAUGGUGCGUUUAUUGACUUCAAGACUUGCACUGUUCUCAAGAGUCUGCAGAUAUUUCAGUAUUGGUGGCUGUCAUAUCGCCCGCUACUGACGUCGUACGGAGCUCCUUGUAAGCACCAGUAUCUAUUGGAAUCACUCGACAGAUUGUUUUUUGUUUUCUUGUGGUCUUCAACACCCAUCGCUCUACCAUAUUUGCAUAUGUAUUACAAACUACCUUGGCAGUGCUCUCAUUCAUAUUUUGUAUAGAUAAAAUCUACGCUGCGCCGAGAUGUAUAGCAGCAUAUUUUGUACAGAGUAUCUAACCGGAGUUGGAAAGUAAUUUGAGCCACCUUCGCUGUUCUUGCUACAUAGAACUACACCGGGUGUUCAGUCCCUCGCUCCCCCUGCACCUAACUGCUGAGCUGAUUCAGGGCCGAGCUCCCGGGUCGUGAAUCUAUCUUGUGGGAGGUCCUUCGUACUGCGUUUCCAUCAUGAUUGAUACUUAAUCGUCGCUGCGGUCGCUUGAAAAUUUUGGGCGCCUGUCAUGACCGCCUUUCCUCACUUUCUCAAGCUCGUUCACUACACCUUUCAUAGUGCAUGGAACUGGAUUUUCCCUACUUGCUUACCUGAUACUAGUGUCGUGGGCAGAAAGGAAUUGGCCUCUUGGCAGAUGGCAGA